AUUCCAUUUGGAUUUUACACACUAUAGUAUACUAACAUACAAUACACAAUACACAUAAAUAUUCCAUUUAGUUUUAACUAUGGCUGAGGCUCCGAACCCAGAGGAAGAAGAUCCCAAAGCCGCAAAAAGGAAGAAGAUCAUUAAACUCGUGCUGCAUGUUCUUUUUCACGUCUUUUUUCUAGCCUUCUUUAUAUGGGCAACAGUUAUAUACGUUCUCCAUGAUCCAAACGCAAAAAAGUGCAUUAGACCUCAGCCAGAGGAAGUAGAGAAUACAACAACACAGAUCGCAAUCACUGAAGGAGAAGAGGGAGUCCCAGCAACUACUCUUCCAGCCACUGAAGAAACAACAACAGAAGCGCCGAAACAAGACGAUUGGAAGGCACACAUUCUGUGCGAGUUUAAUUGGUGCACUGGCUACGGGUUCCUUCUCCUCAUGCUACUUGUGUUUUAUGCCUUUUGGAUAUAUUAUUGGGUUUUCAAGCCGUACAUUGGACAGAAGCUGUACGACGAUAAAAUUGAGCCCGGCGUUGACAAAUGGAUUGAGUUCAGUCGGAAACGCCUUGUCUCAAUCGUAAUGCUCAUAGUACUCCUUGUUCUUGUUGGUGUAUAUCUGGGAUUUGAGUGUCGAGACGAUGGAAGGAAGGCUAUCGGAUUACUUGGCCCAGUUGUCUUCAUAUUAUUGGGUGUUUUAAUUUCGAAGAGUCGUCGUGACAUUCCCUGGCGUGUUGUCGUCCAUGGCAUACUUGGACAAUUAAUUCUGGGCAUCCUGUGCAUCCGUCUCCAGGUGGGACGCGACAUCUUCAUUUGUGCCGGCAAAAAGGUCACACGAUUUCUAUCAUUCACCGAACAUGGCUCACGAUUCGUUUACGGUGACCGCAUCUGUGAUGAAUUUGUCUUCGCCUUUGCCAUUCUGGCGGUCAUAUUCUUCUUCAGCGUAGUCACAUCAAUUCUGUACUAUCUCGGCGCUAUGCAGUUUAUACUGGGUGCGUUUGGUUAUUUCCUGCAAGCCACGGUUGGCACUACAGUCUGUGAGAGUGUCAAUGCCGUGGGCAAUGUGUUUCUUGGCAUGUCGGAGAGUCCAUUGAUGAUCCGGCCUUAUAUCAAGAAGUUGACAAAAAGCGAAUUGCACUGCAUUUGCACAUCAGGAUAUGCUACGGUUGCUGGAACUGUUCUGGGUGCUUAUAUAUCAUUUGGCGCCUCCGCUGCGUUUCUAAUCACAGCCAGUGUUAUGGCUGCACCUGGUGCAUUGGCAUUCGCCAAACUUUACUAUCCCGAAACCGAAGAGUCGCAGACAAAGUCCGAUAAUAUAGAGCUGGAAAAAUCAGAAGAUAGGUCGAUUUUGGAUGCAGCCGCCAGUGGGGCCGCAAAUGGUGUCAUAAUUGUAUUGGGUAUUGUAUCCAAUAUAAUUGCCUUUCUGGCCAUUGUGUACUUCUUCAAUGCUGUCACCGAAUGGAUGUUUGAAUUGGUUGGCCACGAUGACAUCACAUUCUUAUAUCUGCUCACCAAAUUAUUCAUUCCACUUGUAUUCAUAAUGGGUGUCCCGACGCAUGAUUGCGAGAAUGUUGCCUUGGUGGUCGCAGAGAAAACCAUAAUCAAUGAGUUUGUGGGUUACAAAACUCUAGGCGAAAUGAUCAGAGAUGAGAAAAUUGAUCAACGCAGCGCAGGCAUUGCUACCUUUGCCCUAUGCGGUUUUGCCAAUCCUGGAUCUCUGGGCAUUUUGAUAGCUGCCUUGAGCGCUAUGGCUCCAGAUCGUCGCCACGACAUCACAAUGGUUGCUCUUCGUGCAUUUUUAACUGGCAGCAUUGUCAGCUUCACCUCUGCCUCUAUUGCUGGUAUCUUAAUUCAAGAUCACGAAUUGGACAAAUUGAGUAAAUCGUUAUUGGAUUACAUUGACGAAGGGGAUAGCAAUGUACGCACAUAUAAUUUGUUCAAUAUUUAAAAAGAAAUAAAAUAUAUUUUAAACUAUGUUAGCGAAAA